GUAUUCCAUCUUGCAACAAUUCUACAACUUGACCUGUACUUCCAGAGUCACAGCUCUCAAUCAAGAUGCCUGAUAACGGAUCUGCAGAGUUCUCGGCUUAUGGCGCGACCCGCUCGACCGUCAAGGGCGAACCUCUCUCCCCUGAGGAGCUACGAAAGACCGAUGCGUACCUCCGAGCUUCUUUGUAUCUCUGCUUGGGUAUGCUGUACCUGAGGGAGAACCCGUUGCUGGAGGAACCACUCAAGGUAGCGCACAUCAAGUCGAGGCUGCUUGGUCACUGGGGGAGUGAUGCCGGUCAAUCCUUCACUUACACUCACUUCAACCGCUUGAUCAAGAAAUAUGACCUGAAUGCCAUCUUCAUCUCUGGACCCGGACAUGGCGCACCCGCUGGGAUCUCACAAGCGUGGCUUGAGGGGACUUACGGCGAAGUUUACCCCAGCAUGAAGCAGGAUCGAGAAGGAAUGAAGAAGCUCUUUGGACACUUUUCGUUCCCUGGUGGAGCUGGAAGUCAUAUGACGCCCGAGGUGCCAGGCUCAAUCCACGAAGGAGGCGAGCUGGGUUACUCCAUUUCACACGCCUUUGGUGCGGUGUUCGACCACCCUGACAUCAUUGCUUUGACGAUGGUUGGGGAUGGAGAGAGUGAGACUGGACCCCUGGCCACUUCCUGGCACAGCACCAAAUUUCUGAACCCCAUCACCGAUGGUGCGGUUCUUCCCGUUCUUCAUCUCAAUGGGUACAAAAUCAACAAUCCCACUGUCCUCGCUCGAGUCACGCACGAAGAGCUCGAAGCUCUCUUUGUCGGAUAUGGAUGGACACCCUAUUUUGUCGAAGGAUCCGACCUUACCUCAAUGCACCAAGCCAUGGCUGCAACGUUGGAAAAGGCUGUCAACGAUAUCAGAGGGUACCAAAAGCAAGCUCGAGAGUCCGGCAAAGCCUUCCGACCUCGUUGGCCCAUGAUCGUCCUUCGUAGUCCGAAAGGAUGGACAGCACCUCGGGAUGUCAAUGGGCAUUACCUAGAAGGAUACUGGAGAGCCCAUCAGAUCCCCCUGACAGACGUCGCCUCCAACCCAGAACAUCUAUCCCUGUUGGAGAAAUGGAUGAGGUCCUAUCGACCUGAGGAAGUGUUUAAAGAUGGCGCGCUCGUUGAUGAACUCAAAGAACUCGCUCCGACCGGCAACUCCAGGAUGUCCGCUAAUCCAAUCACCAACGGUGGUCGGAAGACUGCUCUCAGACGACCAGAUUUCACUCAAUACGGUCUCGAGGUGCAGCCUGGCAAAUCUAAAGCUGGAAGUAUGGCCAAUAUGGCCAAAUGGCUUCGCGACGUCUUGAUCGAAAACCCCAAGACGAUGAGAGUGUUCGGUCCAGACGAGACGGAAAGUAACAAACUGAGCGAGAUUUACAAAGCCGGAAAAAAGGUCUGGGUCAACGGCUACCUUCCUGAAGAUGAGGAUGGAGGCAACUUGGCACUCGAAGGACGAGUGAUGGAAAUGUUGUCUGAACAUACGGUUGAAGGAUGGUUGGAAGGAUACGUCCUUUCAGGGCGACAUGGUCUCCUGAACAGCUACGAGCCGUUCAUUCACAUCAUCGACUCGAUGGUAAACCAACACUGCAAAUGGCUUGAAAAAUGUCUCGAAGUCGAAUGGAGACAAAAGGUCCCUUCGCUCAAUAUUCUCCUCACCGCUACUGUGUGGCGACAGGAUCACAAUGGAUUCACGCACCAGGAUCCAGGUUUCCUCGACGUGGUGACCAACAAGUCACCAGAAGUCGUCAGAAUCUAUUUGCCUCCCGAUGGUAACUCCCUUCUCUCCGUCAUGGAUCACUGUUUGAACAGUGAAAACUAUGUCAAUGUUAUUGUCGCUGACAAGCAAGAACACUUGCAAUUCAUGGACAUGGAGACUGCCGUCGCACACUGUACCAAGGGUGUAGGGAUCUGGGAAUGGGCAUGUGCUCAGCCCGAAGAGGAGCCCGAUGUCGUCAUGGCAUCGUGUGGUGAUGUUGUCACAGCGGAAGCUUUGGCCGCGACAGCCCUGCUCAAGGAGCAUCUGCCUGAUCUCAAAAUCCGAUUCGUUAACGUUGUCGACCUGUUCAAGCUCAUCUCCAACGAUGACCACCCACACGGAUUGACCGACUCGGCCUUCAAUGCCUUGUUCACGGCGGACAAGCCGGUCAUUUUCAACUUCCACUCGUACCCUUGGUUGAUCCACCGUUUGACGUACCGACGACCUGGAUCUCACAAUAUCCACGUGAGAGGAUACAAGGAAAAGGGGAACAUUGAUACACCUCUCGAAUUGGCCAUUCGAAAUGGGGCCGAUAGGUUCAGUCUGGCCAUCGCGGCGAUCGACAGGAUCCCCAAACUUCAGAACAAGGCGAGCAUCACGCGAGAGAAACUCCUCAACGCUCAGAUCGCGGCGAAGAACGCGGCCUUCAAGGACGGUAUUGAUCUACCCAUCUUUAGCGAGUGGACUUGGGGUCAAAGUCAAAAACUGGAAGGUGGAAAGAGCACAUCCUUCAUGGAGAAAUUGUCCAACCUCCGACCGAGCGCCGGCGAAAAGGCUGGAGCGGUCAUCGGGGAGACCGAAUAGGGCGGCCGAGGCAGCUUGGCUCUAGCUACUGAGUCAUAGAUAUGCGCGUGCAUCAGUCACAUGUCAGUGGG